AUGGAUAAGGGCGUGACUUGUGAGCAUCUCAAUAAACUUGUUGACGUCCUUGGGAAAGAAUUAUGGCAAUCAAAGGAGAACCUCGCAUGCUUCGACUGUGGUUGUCCUGGACCCAAUCUCUGGAUCUGCCUACAACCUGACUGCCACCACAUUGGCUGCUCUGAAGUAAAAAAUGACCACAGCACAAUACACCAAAAGAAUUACCCACUGCAUUGCGUUCAUAUGAACGUAUCUACGGAGCGAAUAUGGUGUUACCUGUGCGAAAAGGAAGUACAUAUUCGAGCAGCCAUUGCGCAGGCGACGAUGAGUCCAGACUCUACGUCGAUGGAGGGGUCAAUAAAUGGAAGGCUGGGCAGUUUCGCCAUAAACGUGACGCCAGAUGACGACCUGGACCCUGAUGAUAUGGAUUAUGAAGACGAAUCACGCCAUAGAGGUUUAGUGGGUCUACAAAAUAUGGGCAACACGUGCUACAUGAACGCGGCCCUCCAAGCGUUGAGCAACACUCAGCCAUUCACGUCGUACUUCUUGGAGUGCGCCGCAGCCGUCGCAGUCCUCGCCGGCGACAAGAAGCCAGGACUAAGCAGAGCAUACCAAAAAUUAAUUAAAGAAAUGUGGAGUAAGAAAACUAGAGGCUAUCUUGUACCUAGUGGUAUAUUAUAUGGUAUACGAAACGUAUAUCCAAUGUUUCGGGGGUAUCAUCAGCACGAUACGCAGGAGUUCUUAAGGUGUUUUAUGGAUCAGCUGCAUGAAGAGCUCAAAGAACCGGUGUGGGACACUACAUCAGAAGACAAGCUCGGUACUGAAGCUGAUGGAGAUCACCAGGAGAGCAGAAACAUUCACAUAAGACGCAGGGCCGUUUCAUCUGGGGCUAGUGACGCGCCGUAUUUUGCGAGGAUGAGGCGAAAGUCGCCAGCCGCCUCCUCUUAUAGCGAAGCAAGAGCCGACGGCUAUCUUAGGGUGCAAUCAAACACAGAGAGCGGAGUGGGCCAUAGACAUAAACGGUCUGCCAGUUUCGCUGGCACUCACCAUCUCACCUAUAACGUGCCAACUCAUCAAAUGAAUGGUAUGGAUCCAGGGCAGCGCGAUAUAGGCUCUGAGUCGGAACUGUCGUGUUCGAGCGAGGCCGAGGAGAAAUAUGAAACUUGUUCGAGUGGCGCCAGCGACGCACCGGAACCACGCUUAGAACCCACCGAAAGCAAGCCAGUAUGUGGCAGUGGAGACGGAGGUUGUGGUGGCAUUCGUUACCGCAGCAUAGUGUCGGACGUCUUUGAUGGAAAACUAUUGUCCUCGGUGCAGUGCCUCAUUUGUGAUAGGGUGUCAACGCGUGUCGAAACUUUCCAAGACCUCUCGCUUCCUAUCCCUUCGCGGGAACACCUGGCAGUGCUACGAUGUCAGCAACCUAUAUUGAACCAUUACACUCCAAAUGGAUCACAAGAGUCAUGGGUGUGGUGGUUACUGAGCUGGCUGAGAUCGUGGUUCUACGGUCCGGUGGUAUCGUUACAAGACUGUCUCGCCGCUUUCUUUAGCGCUGAUGAACUGAAAGGCGAUAAUAUGUACAGCUGUUCCCGGUGCAACAAAUUACGCAACGGCGUCAAGAUGUCUGGCGUUGUUCGGCUGCCCGAAGUGUUAUGCGUACAUUUAAAACGGUUUCGUCACGAAUUGAUGUUUAGUGCUAAAGUGGGGGCUAGGGUCUCCUUCCCUAUUCAAGACUUGAAUAUGGCGCCAUACACCCACAAAGAGUGCACGUCGCGGGUGACGCGGUACGCGCUGUGCGCCGUGAUCUGCCACGCGGGCACGGCGGGCGGCGGCCACUACACGUGCGUGGCGCGCGCUGGCAGCGGUGGCAGCGCUGGCAGCGCGGGCGCCGGCGCCUGGCACUGCUUCGACGACGCGGCCGUCACGCCCGUGCCGCCGCACCACCUCGCCUCCUGUGAGGCCUACGUGCUCUUCUACAGAAAGGUCAAUCCCCAGAUGACGGUGCUGAGACAGAAGGCGGCAGAAAUAUUGGAAUCGACGAAUGUGGAGCCUAACGACAUCAAAUUUUAUAUCUCCAAACAGUGGCUGAAUAAAUUCAAUACAUGGGCGGAACCUGGACCAAUCGAUAAUGGCGACUUCGUGUGUGUACACGGUGGCAUCCGACCCGAGAGAGCUUCGCAGCUGUCCGCCCUGGCCGCUGUACUGCCUCAACCGCUGUGGCAGUUCUUGCAUCGCCAGUUCGGCGGCGGGCCGGCCGUGUCGCACGCGCAUGAGUGCGUUGUGUGCGCGCGCGCGCAGCUGCGCCUGCGGGCGCGGCGUGCGCGCGAGCUCGCCGCCUUCGCGGAACUGCACGCGCUUUUCCAGAAGCAAGAGCAGCCGCGCGCCAUCUACGCGAUGAGCAUGGCGUGGUUCCGGCUGUGGCAGGGCUUCGUGCGCAGCCGCGCGCCGCAGCCGCCGCCGCCGCCGCCCGUCGACAACACGCCCAUCGUGCUCGCGCAGGAAAUAGACGGUGUAACAACAUACUCAUUGAAGCCAGGUUCAGAUCACGCCCAACUAAGCGAGGAGCUGUGGAGAUUUUUCACGGGCAUCUAUGGCGGCGGACCCGAAGUCAGACUCCGAUCACCCACCAUGCACCAGACUCCAACUCAGUACACCAACGACACCAGAGAACAUAGAGAACAGAAGGACCAGCCUUUACCACGUCGCCUAUCUAGAAAGUACUCAGAGUCUGAUAGAGAAGAAUAUUGUACAAAAUCAACCUCCGAGAUGAAUCUUCGCGACUCCAUACAUGGCGAGCUACAGAAGAACCAGUCCCUUCAAAACAUCAACCGGCGUUACAGAGUCAGAUCGUCGGCAGAUUCCGAUGAAGAUGUCAAUUACAGAGCUUUCCAAUACAAACGCCAUGAACCGAAUGGUAACUAUCAAGACUCUGAUGAAGACAUGGAUACAUCACAGACCUAUGUAAAUACCAUAAGAAUGGAAAAUGGGGUGGACAGCUCCGAUCACGAUGCCAAUGACAAUCCAAUAUACCACACCAAAAAAUCCGAGAACACUACAGACAUAGAACUACCUAAUCUAGAUAGCAUAUCGCUGAAAGGCAAACCGUCAAAGACGGGAAAAGUGAGAAAAAUCAAGCGACGAACAGUGAAAUGA